UGCGUCGACGAAGACGCGUGAAAGCGACUUGAGGACACAGCGUCUCCGGACAAAAGACGGGUCAAACGGACGCGACCUACUUACUUACGCAUUCUCGCGCGGGGACGGAUUACAAUAUUUGCAUUAAUUGCCUGUCCCUCGUAAUAAACGGCGCUCGUGGAGACCGCGAUCGGGGACGCACACUCGAGAUAGGAUUCUUCGUUUAUGGUACGCGCGCAUAUGCAGAAGCGACCGCAAAUGCAGUUCUCGGAAGCAUGCAGAACGUGGAGCAACAUCGUUGAAUAAAAUAAUUCACGCGCUUCAUGUGUUACACGAGCGUCACAUGAGUUUUCAAUAAAUUUCACGAUUAAUAAGUUCCUUUUUCGAUUCUAAGAAAAACUCAGCAAUUAAAGUUUGUUCGCUAACGCGGGAAUACCGUGUCCACUUCUUUUUACGUAAAACAAUCAUUCUUGAAGAAUUAUACGCAUAUCUAUGUGUAUAUUUAGAUCCUAGGGAAGAGUGCGAGUCCGUAUUUAGGUAAUUAAGCACCAUCGUGCUGGAAAAUCGUUAUCGUUACGCAAGCACGUGCGCCUGUUCAAACUCAGGAAGCUGAAAUCACGAUCCUCGUUCCAGUCUGGAUGUGGAUCGCACACUGCCAAAAUUUAGUGUUCAUCGCCUUUGUGUUCUUACCCUCCGUCGUGAGAAGCAUCCCGGAUUACUCUGGACUGCCACCGGGACCGUACUGUGCCUCGAGGUAUCCCGGGGGCGGUUGCUGCCCGGGACGGCAGGAUGGAUGCAGCGCGCCGAUUCUCAAAACGCUAUGCUACUGCGACGAUUUUUGCGACCGAAGCCGCGAAGAGGACUGCUGUCCGGAUUACUGGUCCCACUGCAGAGGGAUGCCGAACGUCACGUCACCCCCCGUUCUAGAGGAGUAUAGGAGAUGCUUCUUCCAAGGAAAAAUGUACGAUCACGGGCAAACAUUAAAAGUUAAUUGUAAUACAUGCAAGUGCUCCUCGCUUGGCAAGCGCGCCGAGGUGCUCUGCGAGGAAAAUCGAUGUCUGAUCGAGCCGGAAGUGAUGGAGGAGGUCAACCUGCAGGGAUCCACUCUGGGAUGGCAAGCGGGCAAUUACUCCGAUUUCUGGGGAAGAACACUUCGAGACGGCGUGGAGCUUCGCUUGGGCACCCUCAAUCCCUCACAAUCUGUGUACAAAAUGAACCCGGUGCGACGCAUUUACGACCCGGACGCGUUGCCACGAGAGUUUGACUCGAGGACACGCUGGCCGCGCGACAUAUCCAACGUUCACGAUCAAGGAUGGUGCGGAGCAUCCUGGGCCGUGUCCACGGCCGAUGUCGCGUCCGACAGAUAUUCGAUCAUGAGCAAAGGUGCUGAGGCCCCGGAACUGAGCGCUCAGCAUCUGCUCUCUUGCAACAACAGGGGACAACAGGGUUGCAGAGGCGGUUAUCUCGACCGCGCCUGGCUCUUCAUGAGAAAAUUCGGACUAGUGGACAAGGAGUGCUAUCCUUGGACCGGUAAGAACGAUCAGUGUAAACUACGUAAGAGAAGCAACCUAAAGGCCGCCGGUUGCCGAAACCAACCAAACCCGCUGAGAACAGAAUUGUACAAGGUCGGGCCGGCCUACCGUUUGGGCAACGAGACUGAUAUUAUGCAGGAGAUUCUGACCUCUGGACCCGUGCAAGCUACGAUGAGAGUUUAUCAGGACUUUUUCAUUUACAAGAGCGGGAUAUACAGGCACUCUCGAAGCGCGGAAUUACACGAUUCCGGUUAUCACUCGGUGAGAAUAAUCGGUUGGGGCGAGGAGAGGUCUUAUCGCGGUUCACCGCUCAAAUAUUGGCUGGUCGCGAACUCCUGGGGAUACAACUGGGGAGAGAACGGUCUCUUCAAGAUCCAAAAGGGAACGAACGAGUGCGAGAUCGAGUCGUACGUGUUGGCGGUAUGGGCCAAGACGGUGUAAAAGAAAACGAAAGAAAAUGAAGGAAAAUACCAAAGUACUAGAAUAUCUGAUUGUCAUAACCACUGUUGGUGCAUUUAUUGAAUCUCCGUCGUCGGUCCGUCGUCGUGCGCAACGAUACGAUUGCCUCGAGGACGAUGAACGAUACAUCGAUGUUCGAAAGUAUGUGAUCCAGUGCCUUAUUAUUACACGUAGGAUCGGGAAAGGAAGAAGGGUGGCAAGGAGGAAGAAACGGGAGGGGGAAGAAAGCUGUUUAUAAAUAUUUAAUAUAAGUAUGUGGAUAUUAGUCGAAAAGAAAGUUAUUUCGUCAUUAUUUUUUCAUUAUUCGUAGACAAUAAUCAUUUAUCGUUUAUUCGUUUUACAUAAAAACGCACGUAUUGAUGAUCGAUAUGUUGCGUAAAAGUCAUGUCUCUCUCUCUCUCUCUCUCUUUCUCUUUCUCUCUCUCUCUCUCUCUCUCUUUCUCUCUCGCUCUCUUUCUCUCAUGUAACAUCAUCCCUGUGUCGCGGUGACUUCGACGUGUAAGAAGUACUAAGUGCCAAGCGCUUGAAAUAAAUUUUAUAAGUACGUAA